AUGGGGCUCGCUGACGCUUAUAGGUUUCUGAGUAACUCAAACUCCGAAAAGAAAACCGAAGAAGGAUUCGAAAACAACAGCAAUGGCAUAGAUAGUUUUGAUAAUCAUAGUCAACUAACUUCAGGCUCCGAAAAGGGGGCACACGUUUUGGAAACAGAUAGAAAUGUCAAGGAAAUUGGAAUUGUUUCAGCUUCAUUUUUGAUGCUCAAUAGAAUGUUGGGAGCAGGUGUGUUUUCGACUGGUUCUACAAUUUAUGCUUUAUCAGGUUCAGUGGGAACUGCAUUGAUGAUGUGGUUUGCUGGUACAGUUAUUGCAUUCACUGGGCUCUUGGUUUACAUGGAAUUGGGAACAGCUUUACCAAGAAAUGGUGGUGAGAAAAACUACCUUGAGUACAUGUUUCCAAGACCGAAAUUUUUGGUGACGGCAAUGUAUGCUUCGUACGUGUUUUUUCUUGGUUGGGCAUCUGGUAACUCAAUUGUUGUUGGUGAGUAUAUCUUGAAUGCUGCAGGCAAAGAAGUCACCCAAUGGAACUCUAGAGGUAUUGGUUUAGCUGUUAUAACAUUUUCAUUCUUGAUCAACGCUAUCAAUGUCAAGGCGGGUUUGUUUUUGGCCAAUAUUUUGGGUACUUUCAAAGUAAUCAUUGUUCUUUUCAUCAGUGUUACUGGAUGGGUUGCGUUGGGAGGCGGAAUCAAGACGAAUAACUUUCAAUCAACUGGUAAUUUCCACAAUGCUUUUGAAGGGGAGAGUCCGACUGGUUUUGGUAUAGUCAAUGCUUUAUACAAUGUUAUCUGGUCUUACGUCGGUUACUCAAAUGCAAACUACGCCUUGGGUGAAAUCAAGAACCCAGAAAGAGUCUUGAGAAUUGCUGCACCAUCUGCAUUCAUUGGUUUGGGUAUCAUUUACAUGUUUGUCAACAUUGCAUACUUUGCUGUCGUUCCAAAGGCUGAAAUUGCAUCAUCAGGCAGAAUCUUGGCUGCUUCGUUUUUCAAAUAUGCUUUUGGUGACAAGGCCGAAACAGCUGCUUCGGCUUUCGUUGCCAUCUCGGCAUGGGCAAAUGUUAUGUCUGUCAUUUUUUCACAAGGUAGAAUCAUUCAACAAUUGGGACGUGAAGGCUCUUUACCAUUUUCACGUUUCUUUGCUACUUCAAAGCCAUUUGGAACUCCGUUUGUUGGGUUGAUGCAACAUUGGAUUGUUUGUAUUGUUACCAUUGUUGCCCCACCACCAGGUGAUGCAUACAAUUUCAUUUUGAACUUGAUUUCAUACCCAUUGAAUGUUGUCAACACUGUUCUUGCCGGUGGAUUGAUUUACAUAUACUACAAAAAGUACAAAGGAUUGACUGAGUGGAACCCUCCAAUUAAGGCCUCUCUUCCAGUUGUCAUUUUCUUCUUCCUUGCAUCAUUAUACUUGAUUGUUGCUCCAUAUAUCCCACCAGUUCAUGGACAAAAAGUGUACAAUGACUUACCGUACUGGAUCCAUGCCGUUGUAACUUGGGGUGUCUUUGGGGUUGGUUUAGCAUAUUGGAUUGUUUGGGUCAAGAUUUUGCCACACUUUGGUGGUUAUCGUCUUGUUGCAAAAGAGAUUUUGGGUGACGAUGGAUUUUGGAGAAAUAAGAUUUACAAAGUUUCAAAAGAUGCUGAUGAGAUCGAUCAAAUCGGUGAAAAUGUUGAGGUGGUCAAAUGA